GUCUUCCCACCUAUCCCGAUUCAUCCCACGCAACAGAUGGACUACGUGUGCAUCUUCCUCCGCCCCCAGGAACGAUCUCUGUCGCCAGCACCUUGAUCUGCCCCUACGAUCGCCCGGCCAAUCUGUCUUAGCACUCCAGGCAGAUCCAGGUACUCCGUGCCGAUUACACUCGUUAUUUUGGACUGCGCCCCUUGCUGGACCCUUGAAGCGCGACCCGACUUCUUUCCGCCUUGCGCUAUCACUACGACCCUGCCCACACCACGCUUACGGACUCUUGAUGGUUUGGCGAAAACAGCCCGAACAACUCGACUGAGGAAAGGGAUCGGGAGACAAUAGAACCUACAAUGGAUAAGUUGAUAAGGACGGCCGUCCGGUGGCUUGUCUUGGGCCUGCUCCUGUUGCAGGUUGAGGCAUUCUAUAUACCUGGUUGGUCCGUCAAAAGCUACAAGAAGAACGAACAGAUCCCCUUGUUAGUGAACAAGGUCUACUCCGAUAGCACCGAGCUACAAUAUGCCUACUAUGACCUCCCCUUCGUCUGCCCGCCGACGGGCCAACGGCGCCCCGGAUCGGGACUCUUUAGCGGAGAGAGCAUAUCCCUCAACCUGGGCGAGGUGCUACGGGGCGACAGGAUAAAGGCAUCUGAUAUUGACUUGGUCAUGAACCAAGACAACGAAUGCCAGUCCUUGUGUAAUCGAGAGAUUAGCAGGAGGGAUUUGAAGCGCGCCAAGGAGAUGGUCAAGGAUGGGUAUGUGGUCGAGUGGAUCGUGGACAACCUCCCCGGAGCCACCAGCUUCGUGACCGUCGACAAGACGCGGAAGUACUACGCCGCCGGAUUCAAACUGGGCUAUACCGACCACUCUGGCGGAAGGUCACGUUAUUUCCUGAACAACCACCACACCAUCGUGAUCCGCUACCGCCGAGCUCCCGGGAGGGCAGGGGAUAGAGGGGGAAUGGUCGUGGUUGGGUUUGAGGUUUACCCUAAGAGCGUUGGCGCUAAUGUCAAGAGGAACUCCGACGGUUGCCCUGCGGAUCUUCAUGAUGUUGACCAGCAUUUUGAGCUCUAUCUGCCACCAAAUCAGACGUCGUCCGAUCUUGGGAUUGAGUACCCUCGCUCAUCAUACUAUCCCGAGGCGACAGAGGAUAUCGACGAUGACGCGAAGCUCACGAUACCGUACUCAUACUCUGUCUACUUCCGAGAGGAUAAUUCGAUUGAGUGGAAUCAUCGGUGGGAUCUAUACUUUGUGAACCAGGAAGAGGGCUCCAGGAUUCAUUGGCUGGCCAUCGUCAACUCCCUUAUCAUCUGCGGCCUUCUCACCGGCAUUGUCCUCAUGAUCCUGACCAAGACAAUACGCACCGACAUCAAGGGCUACAGGGAAGGCUCAGCCGAAGAUGGAAAGGCGCGCUCGAGGCAAGCCGCCCGGACGCCGAAGUUGAGCGAGAAGGGACUCGGUCUCCUCGAUCAGGAGGGAGCCGCUGACAACGACGGCGAUGUUUCUUCGGAUGAGGAGGCUCUGGAGGACGUGACGGGAUGGAAACUGCUCCAUGCUGACAUCUUCCGCGCACCGGCCUAUGGGUACUUGCUUGCGCCGUUGGUGGGCUCGGGGAUGCAGCUCCUGUUCAUGGCCGCCGGAUUGGUUUUCCUGAGCGCUCUUGGCAUUCUGAAUCCCAGCUUCAGGGGAGGGUUCAUUAGUUUUGGUGUCGGGCUGUUCGUAUUCGCGGGUCUUUUCUCUGGAUACUUCUCGGCCCGGGUCUACCGGACUUUUGGCGGCCAAGAUUGGCGCAAGAACAUGGCGGUCACGGCUGUCCUCUUUCCGGGGAUGCUGUUUGCCGUGGUCUUCGUCCUCAACCUCUUCGUAUGGGCCCAGGCUUCUAGCACGGCUAUUCCUUUUGGAACGCUCAUUGCCAUCGUCUUCCUAUGGCUUUGUGUCCAGGGCCCUCUCGUUUAUGUCGGGUCCUGGUACGGCUACGUUCGUGCAGGGGCUUGGGAUCACCCAACCAAGACCAGCGCCAUCCCUCGCCAGAUACCACAACAGGCCUGGUAUAUCAAGGGCGCCCAGGCAAUACUCUUGGCGGGCCUUAUCCCGUUCGCCGUCAUCUUCAUUGAGUUGCUCUUCGUCUUCCAGUCGAUGUGGCAGGACAAGAGUGGUUACUACUACGUGUUCGGCUUCCUGGCCGUGGUGUCGACUAUCCUGAUCCUCACCAUCGCCGAGGUAACCGUCGUCACCAUAUAUGUACAGCUGUGCUCCGAGAACUACCAUUGGUGGUGGCAGUCUUUCCUCGUCGGCGGUGGAAGCGCCUUGUGGGUGUUCUUGUACUGUGUGUGGUACUACUUCACGAAGCUCCACAUCACGGGUUUCGUGAGCAGCAUGCUGUUCUUCAGCUACAGCUUCAUGGCGUGCUGCGUCUAUGGCCUCUUGACCGGCACCGUUGGCUUCUUGAGCGCAUAUCUGUUCGUUCGGAAGAUAUACGGUGCUAUCAAGGCCGACUGAUUGACGAAACAUGAAUUGAGAGACGGGGGUUUGUUGCAUUGUCCAAGGCGCAUUGAGGCUGCAUAAUGAUAAGGGGAAACCGGCGUUUGGAGCAGGUUCGCUCGCCGCGAGGACAAGCCUCAAAGUGUGCUCCAGGAAUAUGAUUAGAGACAAAUUGAAUAGCAGUCAGUAUAUAAGAUAUCUGGGGUCAAGACACCCAUGAUAAAUAUUAGUACAUAAAUUUAGUGUAAUGGGAAUAUCUCCAUGAGCGAG